AUCGACUUAUUCCCAGUACUUAGCGAUUUGUAGAGAAUCCGACCACACGUAUCUACCGAUUAUCGUUUAAACACCAACGCCAAAAAUGUUGUUUGCUUUAAUGUUGGCCUCGGCGUUGGCCACUUCCGCGGUGCUCGGCCGUGUGCCCGGCCCGAUACCGUCACAGGCGACGUUCGUAGAAGAAGAACGAAUUCAAGGCCUAACAGACAGAACUGAGAAGUUUGAGGAAGUCGACGACCGAUCGUCGAACCUGAAAUACGUGAUGGCUAUCCAGAGCUCGACAAUUUGGUCGGAUAUCAAGAAACGAUCGGUUACGAUAAACACGGAUCAGCGGUUGGACAACUCGGUGGCUGAAAAAUCACCGAACGAUAUGUCCGACCAAGAACUGGCGAAACUCAAACAAGCGUGCCACGACGGGCUUAAGUGCGUGGCCGUAGAACAGCUGUUAGUGCUCUUUCAGGCCAGAGAACAGCUCAGCGACGGCAACACUUUGGUGCGCAUGGCUAUCACCAAAAUCACCGAGGUGCUCAGCGAAUAUACGAAGGAAUACCACGAAGACGUUUACGAGUACAAGACCGUUACGCAGUCCGACAACUCGUCCAAAGUGUACGAUUCGGUGACCACCAUAGUGCAGGAUAACAAGGAACUGUGUCAGAUUGACGGCACACCAACUACGGUCAAAAACGAAGACCUCCCGAAAAACAGUGACGGCAGCGGCGGUGAUACUCAGUCCCCGAUAGUCGUCAAUAACAACACCACCGUCAAUUUCAACAAAAUCGAAAAUCUCAACCUCAACGAAGGUACCGUCAACAACGCCCAAGUCAACAUCGAAACACCACCGGUGGUCAACACUGUCGAUGUUACGAUCUCUUCCGACCGUCCGAUCGACAACGAGCUAGAAAACCGUUCUCCGGCCGUAGACGCCGACCGCCAACCAAAUGCACGUACCACCGCCGAAACCAGUGCACAGACCGCCGGCGACGAGUCCGUCGUAAAACCUGUCGAAAACGACGCUGGGCACGAACUCGCCCUACGAAACAGAGACAGAGAUACCCCAGACCAAGAUCGCCAACAGCUCAUGAUCACUGACGGACCGGAAUCGGUUCCGGCCGACACGGACAACAGCGCCGGAAGACGAGGAGCUCGACGUCCGCGUCCCGUCGUUACCGGCGAAAAAGACGGAGUUACACGUGCCGUCGAGUCCGUCACCAACAACACCGCGUCCGUUUCGAACGUCGACGGCGGAAACAGCGACUCAUCCGAAUACGCCGACAAGACAGCAGCCGACGUCAAUAGAAACACCGCGUCGGUGAAAAACAGUCAUGCCGGUGGUGGUUCCGGGGAAAACGACUCUGACUCGGACAUAGUCAGCGCGGGCAAUCACAACCAAGAAGACAUCAAGAAAGGUCUGGUCGAAGACGGUUAUUUCAACAACGGUAACAUGAAGGUCAAGAACUUUGACAAGAGUAACCGCAAUAAAGGUACCAUUAAGGAUUGUAACGCUAAUAAAGGUAUCAUCAACGUUGGCACGGUCAACAAUGGACCGGUCAAUUAUGGCGAAUCCAAAACUUUCACCAACGGCGGAACCAUGGCGAAAUUCAAUGAUUUUGACAUCCAGAAAUAUGCGACUUCCAUCGAUAAAAUGUAUUCCGCAAUAUUGGAAAAACUCUCUAAAAAAAAUUAAUUCUUUCCGUGUAGUUCUCGUACCUAGUCAUUUCAUUAUUUUAAAAAUCAUUUGAUUAUUUGUUUUUAUUUAUUUAGUUAUAUAUUAUAAAUUAAUAUAAUUAUAUGUUACUCAGUUUUAUUGGAUUGGAUUGUAUACUUUUAUUUUAUUUUUAUUGGUGAUGGGUGAAUUUAUCUUGUGGGUUUUUAUUUGUAUUAACAAUAAACUAUUUAUUUUAUUGUUAAA